AUGAAGCAGAGUCCCGCUCGGAGCCCCUGCAGGAGGCAGGAGCAGCGGGGCGGACAGCCGCACAGCCCCGCUGCCGUGGAGCACCGAGCAGGUUCCGGGACCAGGGACAGCGGCGCAGGGUCGGGCCCCUCGCCCAUUAAAACAGCCCGCACCAAGAGGCACCUGGAGGGGGUCCUGAGGAAAUACACUAACCCGCUCCAGGGCUGGCAGAGCAGAUAUUUUGUUCUGGAUCCAGAGGUUGGUCAGCUCCAAUAUCAUCUGAAUGAACUGAGUAAGAGCCAGCGACCGCCCAGAGGGUCUAUGCCUCUCUUAGGAGCCGUGGUGGUCUCAGCUGAUGAGUUUCCAUACAUGUUUACCAUUCAGUCCACUACUGGGGAUUCCUACAAACUCAGAGCACUGGACGCCAAGGACCAAGAGCUAUGGAUGACUCAGCUCCAGCUGUGUUCCCGACGCCACUCUGACAGCAGCGCCAAGGUGAUGAUCCAGGCUGAAGGGCAGCAGAAGAUCCUGGUCAACUCUAUAGAGUCCCUACCCCCCCGAGGUGGACCCCUCGCUUCCCUGGAUGAGGCCACUUCAGCUGCCACUCUGAGCUGCCUGGGGGAGUGCCUCAGUAUGCUGCAGCACAAUGUGGUCCAGGCCCUCAACCAGAACCAGAACCAGAACCAGAACCACAUGCCGAGUCCCAGCAACAGUUCAGCGGGUUUGAAUCAGGCAGCGGCCUCGGACAGAGUCAGGUCCUGGAGUCAGCGCUCCACUGUGAGCCAGGUGGAGCCGGGGGGCCUCAGGUCUGAGAGCCCGACCCGCAACUUUAAUGAGAGCCACAUCCAGAGCCAGGGCCGGGAACACGUGGAUAGCUCUGCUGGAUGGUCCAGGUCGCUUUCUGAGAAGCAGGGGAAAAAUGUUGCACAGACGCCUCUCUCAUCCUCUACCCGGCCUUCUUCCCCUCAAACACACAAGGACCCUUCUGAGCAGGGCCAGAGCAGCAGCCUAGAGACCCCGGACCUCAGCGACGAGACCACCGACACAGAGGACCAUGAGGAGGAGGACCUGGGAGUUCUGGAUGACCAGCGCAACAUCAUGCUUCACCUCUUGUCCCAGCUCAAACUGGGCAUGGACCUCACACGGGUGGUGCUCCCUACCUUCAUCCUGGAGAAGCGUUCUAUGCUAGAAAUGUACGCCAACUUCAUGGCUCACCCUGACAUGUUCCUGUCCAUCACCUGCGGCCGCACAGCAGAGGAGCGCAUGGUCCGCUUCGUGGAGUACUACCUGACCGCCUUCCACGAGGGCCGCAAGGGGGCCGUGGCCAAGAAGCCCUACAACCCCAUCCUGGGCGAGAACUUCCACUGCUCCUGGUAUGUGCCUCGGGUCCGCGUGCGACCCCUCAGGACUACCAACUGCCCCGGUCCCAACUCAGCACCCACAGACUCUGCGAGCAUUCCCGGGUCCCCACAGAGGGGGGUGGGUGGCAGCAGCAGGAAACACUCAGACUGCUAUCAUGUUAGUUUUGUGGCAGAGCAGCUGUCCCACCACCCUCCUGUGUCAGGCUUCUACUGCGAGUGCAAGGAGAAGAAGAUGUGUGUCAACACGCAUGUCUGGACCAAGAGCAAGUUCAUGGGCAUGUCUGUCGGGGUCUCUAUGGUCGGGGAAGGUGUGCUGUAUUUGCUGGAGCAUGAUGAGCAGUACGUGUUCACUCUGCCCUGUGCCUAUGCCCGCUCCAUCCUGACUGUGCCAUGGGUGGAACUUGGGGGAAAGGUCACCAUCAACUGUGCCAAAAGUGGAUACUCUGCCACCGUCACUUUCCACACAAAGCCCUUCUACGGAGGAAAAGUACACAGAGUGACAGCAGAGGUGAAGCACAACCUAACUGGAAACAUAGUGUGUAAGGCGCAGGGGGAGUGGAACGGGGUGCUGGAGUUCACCUACAGCAACGGGGAGAACAAGGUGAUAGACACCUCCAAGCAUCCAAUCAUCAAGAAGAAGAUCCAGCCUAUAGAGAAGCAGGGCCAGUACGAGUCCCGGCGUCUUUGGCAGCAUGUAACAGCGUCGCUGAAGGGAGGACAUUUGGACGCAGCCACAGAACACAAACGCUGCCUGGAGGACAGGCAGCGCCGCGAGGCCAAACAGAGAGCUGCGUCCCACAGCGCCUGGAAACCCAAAUACUUCAUUAAAGAGGGUGAAGGCUGGGUGUAUCACAACCCUCUGUGGAAGGCGCAGUGACGCGGAGCAGCUCUCCAAUCCCAGGCGACAGAUCGGGCGACGGAGGCCGAUCGCUGGCCGACACAGACAUGAGGAGAGUCAAACAAACAGACAGACGGACAAACGGAGAGCAAGACACACGGACGGAGAAAAGAGAAAACAGAACAAGUGCUACCAAAGACAACCCGAGGAAACCGGCCACAUCUCCAGUUCUGAGCGUUCAGGAGUGUGCUGGUUCAGCAGUGAGCCUCUCUUGAGAUUACAGUGUUCAGACAGAAUGGGAUUUUUUCACUUCUGAACAAACCCCUGUAAACAGCUACUGCCCAUCUCACUUUUUAGUUGUUUAGGCAAUGUAUUAACUGUUUUGCACAAUUCACUGUACAAUACAAUGUGUGUGUGUGUGUUUUCAUGUACAGGUGUAUGCUUGUAAGAAUGGAUGGGUAAACUAUUUAGCUACAACUCUAUUUUAUAGAAUCCAGAGGGGGCAGGGCUAGUUUAGUUUGAAGCUGCAGAGCACUGAUCCUCUCUGUGAUGGAACUUAUUUAAACUUAAUAUGACAAACUACUUUAUUCAAUAUAAAUAGUGUUUUAUCCGAAGUCAUAUUCCUUAGGGGAAGGUGUCCUCAAACUGUUGUACAUACAUUUCUUAUAUAAUUUUCUCUGUCAUAACAUCUAAUAAAUCCCUCCAGCCAACCACUACUGUAUGUUACUGUAGAAAGUGGCUGGAAAAGAAGUGAAUCUGCGCCUGCUGAAUCCAGAUCUCAAUGGAACAUUUACUAUGCUGCAGUUUGAUCUUAGGAAAAGGUGUUACUUUAAAUGGGUCAGUUCCCCCAUUUAAACUCUUAAAACAAACAUGCUCUCUCACAUCACUCCGGUGAUAUCUCUCCAUUAAGGUGGUUUUUAUUUUAAGAUAUCUGCCCUCCAUCCAAAUACAACAGAAUUGCUGCUUAGAGAACAGAAACAUUACAUUUGACAUGACACUCCUAUUUACUGUUUAUUGGAUUUGGGAGAGCUGAUUAAAACAUGGUUAGAAUCACAAUAAAAUAAGCUAGCUGAGUCUUUUAGUGCUUAUUGAAACAACCUUAGCUUUUGCUGUAACUUUAGCUCUUUAGCUCUUACAGUGCAUUCACAUGAUUGGUGAUAAACAGCGUUGUGUUUUGUUAGGGAGGCGUGUUGCGCAGUGGAUAGAGCCUUGGUGUUGGGGUCAGGGGGUCACAGGUUCAAACCCCACUGCAGUCAGCAUGUCGUUGUGUCCCUGGGCAAGACACUUCAUCCCAAAUUGCUCCUGUGGGGAUUGUCCACAGUAUUGAGUAUGUAAGUCGCUUUGGAUAAAAGCGUCUAACAAGUAACAUGUACGGUAAUGUUUUUCUUGCUAGCUUGCGCCGCUACAUACAGCUAGCAUCUGAUUGGUUGCACAUCGAGAGAUCAGGGGUAAACAAGGUCAAAGUUGAAUUUAUUUGAACUUUGAGUGCCCGCCUAGUCGGGCUGCAACACUCUCUUUAUAGAAACACAACGACAACGUCAGCGCAGAGCCAUUUUGCUGCGCAUCA